CUUCAUUGUAAAUACAUGCAGGUGUAUGGUGGAAAGAGGAUAGAGAGCUUUUAUGCCCACCAAACGGCUGUGUCUCCAACCAAUGAUCAGUCAAGUAGGAAUCAUGAGGAGAGGGACUGGAUUCCUGGGCUUUCCUGCAUUGAAAACCUCCACAAUGCUGUCCAUAGCAGCGGGAAGACAGUGUUUGUGCUGUCCAACGGCACAAGAAAUGACGUUGGUGAAGCAACGGUCAACGGUGUGAUACGACAGACCUUUUUCAUGGUUCAGCAGAGGCUUCUUGAUGAGAAGGUAGAUGUAGCCGUUCUCAUACUGCUGGACAAGAUGUUUCCCAAGCUGAAGUACCUCCAACUAAGAACAAGGUUAUGCAGGAAGUCCGUGAUGUCCUGGCCUAGAAACCCACAGGCCCAACCCCUAUUCUGGAACCAAAUGAGGACAGCACUGUCAUCAGACAAUCUUAAAUUAUAUGACAACAACAUUAGUGAGGGUUUCAUAUAAACUCCACUCGUUAUACAAAGUUUCAAAGUUUCUACUGUCUCUCUGAAAAUGUGUGUAAAUAGACCAAAUAACUUUUCAUUGAAGACCACCGCUGUUCAAUAAUUGAUGUGAACCUUUUGAUGUUGAUGUUAAAGAUAGCAUAAGUAAAAGUUGUAUACCAUUUACAUAAUCCUUUUUAAAAUGUUCUGUUGUCUCUAGUUUAACAAACCAACAUCUACUGUUUCUCAAAAAUGUGAGGAAAUGUGUUUAUUUAGAGGCUGAAUAACCUUUCAAUGUAGAACACAGCCUUUUAAUGAUUUGUGUUCAAUUUGAAAUUAGGGUUCCUGUUCACGUGUAUCUAUGUUCAUGUAGCGUUUUAAUGUACAAAAACAUAACUACUGUUGGACAAUGUACUGGCUAUGCUGCCAUUUAGAUUAAUCAAACCACCAUGAAACUAUAAUGAUAUGUAUUCAAUCAAACUAUUUUAAACUUGACAUGCAUUUGUCUGCUGAUCAAGGGAAGGGAUUAAAGCCUACUGCUGUACUAAUUUUGAAAUAUGACAUCACUCAAGAAUAUAGCUUCAUGUUUUGGGGACCUUUUCAGUUAAGAUACAGUUAAUUUGUGUCUUAAGAUGUAUGAAUACUGUGGAUUGUAUGCAUACAUCUUUACUGUUUGCUUGUAGAUAUGGCAAUGUGUAACCAUUAUUGUAACAACAAUAUAGUAACGUUGUGACUUUCAAAUUAAUUUAAACAUACUGGGGUUUUUCCCUAUCCUUUAUUUCCCCUGCAUUUUAUUUUGGUAACUUUUUGUUAAACAAUCAUUAAACUCAAAUCUGUAUCUGC